AUGAGUACUAAAGGCCGCUCGACUCCGCGGAUCGUGUGCUGCGCCAUACCUAUCGCAAGGUCAGCUGGAAAGGUCCUUGUAGUGACAAGCCGCAAACGACCAGAUAUUUGGCUAUGUGAGUGCUAUAUGGAAGCUUUUUCCAAGCCCCCUUCAGAGUUCUCGCUCAUGACGUCUGUUUCAGUGCCGAAGGGCGGAUGGGAGCCGUCUGAUGGUGAAUUGCAGGCUGCUGCGUUACGGGAAGCCUUGGAAGAAGCCGGUGUUCGCGGUCAAAUAACGCGAUUCGUGAAAACGACGUACUCACCGUCGGCGACAUAUCACUUUUACGAACUCGAUGUGUCAGGGCUUGACUCUGAUUGGCCUGAAGCGAAGGAGCGGAGAAGGGAGUGGGUGGAUUACGCUGAGGCUAUCAAGCGCCUAGAGUGGAAGCAGGAGCUAUCGGAAGGCUUGAAGAUGUCUACCUUGGCUCCACGUCGUUAG